GAAAGUUCCUUUUGAAAUAAAACAGAAAACAAAAACACCUCUCCUGGCUGGGAACCCUCUCCUCAGGCCUUCAGACACCUGACCCUCUGGCGCCCAGAGCACAAACGCAGAGACGUUCGCGCAUGGCCUUCUGGGACUGGUAGUUUUCAGAGCAAGGAGGCAUGGAAGGACCAGGAGCCCAGCAUCCCGAGUGCGGUGGAAGGGACAGAGGCCGUGGAUGGAAGCCACGGUUUAUAAUUUGGUCCCGGCUGGUGGAGGAUACCCCUGAGUCACUGGCUAGAAGCGAGACACAGGAAGCGGAGGCGGGAUUCCGGAAGCCAGGAAAGCCUGGCGGAGUGAGGGCUGUGCGCCUGUGGAAGGAGCCUGGUGUCCACAGCCGUUCUGGUCGGCGGGACCCUGUGGUCGGGUCAUGUGCGCGGGCUUCGAGCUGCAGCCGUUGGACGGCGGCCCCCGAGUGUCCCCUUCGCCUCUUGCGCCGGGACAGACUGUGAUCGACCGCGGGCCGCUGCUGGCAGUUAAGUGUGGGAGGCGGUCACGCAGACUGGAGACUCCUCCGCCGGUGUUCCACCUCCAGUCCUACGCAGUCCAGUUUGGGCCAGCAGGUUUGCAACACAACAAUUCACAAGCAUUUAAGAUAACAGACAAGAGAGUAUCUAGAAGACAUGCCAUUCUUGAGGUGCUGGGUAAUCAGCUUCAAAUCAAACCAGUACUGUACGUUUUGGCCGGCUGGCACCGGCAUAUAAUGUAUAGUGGUUCCACUUCAUUCCAGGCAGAAAUUGAAAACAGCCAAGUACUUGAUAAAGAAGAUAUAUCGUAUAAAACACCAGAGUCUGCUGUGCCUAAUUUACCUGGAAGGACAACUGGUGCCUCACAGCUGCAAAGAAGACAGGAACUAACCAGGACCAAGUCUCCUCUCACAGAUAGUCUGUCCUUCAGUGAAUGUACAGACUUCAGUGAGCAGCAGUCAAACCCUGCCCAGAGAAGAGUCUGCCCAGCUUGGAUGUUAGGAGAAAAUUUGAGUGAUCAAAACCAUUCAAGAACCGUCAUUAGUGGAAAUAAUGUCAUGCAGAGGUGUGGAAAAGAAGGAACCUGCAAAGAUAAAACCCCGGUCAAUGUAACAUGGCAAGGAAGAAAGUGGUUAAUUUCAUCAGGAAAUUCAGAAAAUGUGUCAGCAGAACAAGAUGCUGGGAAAAAAUGCAAAAAUUAUGAUCAAGAAAGGCCUGUUGAUUCAUCCAAGAAAGUACCAGAAUCAUCUCCUCCAAUCACACUAAGUGACAUAGAUAUGGGUACUGUGAAGACUCAUACACAGAGCAACUGCAUUCCCAUAGAGGAACUUGGUGAGGCUUCUAAACAGAAAAUCAUCAUUAACACAACAGCAAAUACAGAGGAGACAGUGCGCUGUUCUGAGAGUCCUUCAAAUGUCCCAAGCACGUCAUUCCCUGAGAAGUCUCAAGGAUCCCAUCCUGAGUGCAGCUCUGACCCCUCCAGUCCUGACACUCUGCUCACUGACACAAAUGAUUCACUUCUUGGAGGCUAAGAGGAAAACAAGGUCAAGAGGACAGUCUGCAUGUAUGGGGCAAACUGCUACAGGAAGAAUCCCCAGCACAAGAUAGAAUACAGACAUAGUACACUUCCAGUCAGAGUUGCUACAGAGGAAGAUAGUGAUGAUGUUGGGCAAUCCAGAGAGAACAACCUGAAUGACAGCUUCUUAGAUGAUGAGAAAGAAGAAUAUGAGCUGACAGAUGAAGGUUCUGAUUGGCAACCAGGAAAGGAAGAUGAGGAGGAAGAUGUGGAAGAGCUUCUGAAAGAAGCAAAGAAGUGUAUGGAAAGAAAAAAGUAACUGCUGUCUGCAAUAAUAUGUAGAGUUCACAUUUGAGAAACAUUCAGAAACUAAGCAGUCAUCUGAGUGAGUGUUGCUUCCUUCCAAUAGUUCUUUGAACUUGAAACACUGAAAUGCCAGUCUUCAGUGAAAUAGGUGUUGUUGCCUCUGUGGAUGCCAGUUCAAAGCAUCUGGAACUAGGAAGCAGCCAAAGCAGUCUAGCAGUGGGUGAUGCUUUCCAUAUACUUUGCAUACUGAUAAUGAUGAGGUGUACAAAACUGAUCUUCUCUCCACAGAUUCUGUCUUUAUAACUUCAGGUUUAGCUGGGUGGAUUCAUGAAGGGUGGGAGCAUGCCUCCUCAUUGCUGCUGAAAGAGUUCAUCACCAAACCAGGCUUCUGAAAGUAACAGCCAUCACAACUACUGGCACUUUUCUAAUGCUCUAGAUGUGAGCUUUGUGAUUUCGUUUACUACUUCUGUUCUUGGAAACCUGGGGAAAUUAUUACCAAAUAUAUCCUGUUGACCUAUAGAAGAGAAUGCAGUUUUGUCCAAGUAUAGCCCUAUGUGAUUAUUUCAGCUUGUACUGUGCUGUCUUUACAUUGGGGGUACAGAAACAAUUCUAACCAUGGUUUUCUCAAAUGAUGUUCUUUU